AUGACGGAUUCAGCUAGCGGUUUAGCCGCCAUUCUUCAGCAGAUGAACCAAAUGAUGGAAGCCCAGCAGCAAGCUCAGAAAGCUCUCCUUGAGCAGCUUUUGAAGCCUAAGGAUAAUGAGUUCCUGAUGGAAUCACUCGCAAAAACCAUCGUGGAAUUUACAUAUAAUCCGCAGCACGGACAGGUUUUCGACAAUUGGUUCGCCCGGCACGAAGAGGUGUUUACCAAGGGAGGUGCACAGCUGGAGGAUGCCGAUAGAGUCCGGCUUUUAUUGCAAAAGAUGAAUUCUGUGGAUCAUGACCGUUACGUAAACUACAUCCUACCGAAGAGUCCACGCGAGAUACCGUUUGCUGAUACGGUAAAAACGCUGAAAGAGAUGUUCGGAUACCAGACAUCAGUUUUUUUUCGACGUUAUCAAUGUUUGCUGACGACGAAGAAAAAUUCAGACGAUUUUGUCACGUAUGCAAGCGCUGUUAACAAAGCUUGUGAGGAUUUCAGUAUAAAUACGAUCACACCGGAUCAAUUCAAAUGUCUAAUCUUUGUGGCCGGACUGCAGUCUGAAAAGCAAAAAGACAUUCGGACACGUCUGCUCGCGAAGAUGGAGGGGGAAACACAGGCUGACCCUAUGACAUUGAAAAAGUUGCUGCUGGAGUGUCAGCAUUUGGAUAACCUCAAACACGACACUGCUGUUAUUGAGAAUCAGAAGGCUACAAUCAACGCAAUUUAUCGAAACGAACAAAGAGAUCCUGUUAAAUACGUACAGAAAAAGAUGGAUAAUUCCAGAGAACCACGACGUCCAUGCUGGCAGUGCGGCCAGAUGCAUUUUGUUGCCGACUGUACAUUUACACAUCACACUUGCCGAAACUGUGGUAAAACUGGUCACAAGGAGGGUUACUGCGGUUGCUUCUCGAAGUCAACGGAAACUGGUACAUACACAUCGUCAAUUCAAGGUGGCAAAAAUAAAUCGAGGAAGAAGAAGAAAAGGCAAGGUAGUGCUAGUCAAGCUAAGGGCAUCUACGCAGUCAACAAAGCCGGUGUCGUCGGAAGGCGCAAGUACGUUGAAAUCUUCAUUAACAAUAAGCCGAUCGAGCUACAACUUGAUUGCGGAGCGGAUUAUACGAUUGUUUCGGAGGAGUCGCUGCAGCAGCUAGGCGAUCCCAUUGUGCGACCGACAACUCUUCGUGUAGUGACAGCUUCAAGUAAACCACUUCCAUUAGUGUCGGAAUUUCAGUGCAACGUCACCUUCAGAGGUGUGACGAAUCAGUCAGUAUGCUACGUAACGCCGGUAAGAGGAUUCAAUGUUCUUGGUAGUGAUCUCAUGGACAUCUUUGGUCUUUAUGACAUUCCGAUGAAUUCCUAUUGCAAGCAAGUGUCCGUAAAAGUUCCAACCGAAUGUAGGGAGAGUCUAAAAGGGAAGUUUCCAGAAGUUUUCCGGGAUGGUUUGGGUCUCUGUACGAAAACAAAAAUUCGACUGUUUCUCCGGCCGGGUGCCAAACCAGUUUUUAAACCAAAGCGACCGGUACCUUUUCACUCACAGCGGUUUGUUGAAAAGGAGUUGACACGUUUACAACUGAUGGGAGUGCUCGAACCAAUUGACUUCGCAGAAUGGGCAGCACCCAUCGUUGCGGUACGCAAAGCACACUGCGAUGCACAUGGCGAUCCAAUUGUCCGUAUUUGCGCGGAUUAUUCGACAGGUUUGAAUGCGUCACUGGAAGCAAAUAACUAUCCACUCCCCACACCAGAAGAGAUUUUCGCGAAACUUUCUGGCAGUCAGUUUUUCAGUACAAUUGACUUGUCAGAUGCAUAUUUACAGAUGGAGGUAGAAGAAGAUUCUCAGAAGUUGCUAACAGUUAACACGCACAAGGGACUUUUCAAGUACAAACGGCUUCCGCCCGGGGUAAAAUCGGCUCCCGGUGCUUUUCAAAAAGUCAUCGAUAGUAUGAUCAGCGAUUUGGAGGGAGUAGAAUCUUUUCUUGAUGAUGUCAUCGUGUAUGGCAAAUCUUGCGAGGAACAUGAUCGCAAUCUGGAAGGAACUCUAUCGCGAAUUCAGGAGUUCGGCUUCCGGGUAAAAAUUGAAAAGUGUAGAUUCUACAUGACGGAGGUGAAGUAUUUGGGGCACAUCCUAGAUCGUAACGGUAUUCGAACUGAUCCGGAGAAAGUGUCGGCGAUUGUACAUAUGCCGCCACCGAAGAAUGUUUCGGAACUGCGUUCCUUUUUGGGCGCAGUGAACUAUUAUGCAAAGUUUAUCAAGGAAAUGCACGAAUUACGUCGACCGUUAGAUUUGCUUUUGCAGAAAGACAAACGAUGGGCCUGGACAGAGGACUGUCAGCGAUCUUUCGAACGAUUCAAGCAGCUGUUACAGUCUAACCUGAUGUUAACACACUACGAUCCAACAUUGCAGAUCGUGGUUGCAGCGGAUGCUUCAAGCACGGGCAUUGGAGCCACCAUAAGACAUCGGUUCCCAGAUGGCACUGAAAAGGUGAUACAACAUGCUUCGCGUUCAUUGACCAAAGCCGAGCAAGGCUAUGGGCAGAUCGAUAAAGAGGCAUUGGCACUUGUGUACGCGGUAACCAAGUUUCACCGAAUGUUACUAGGACGGCAGUUUGUGCUGGAAACAGAUCACCAGCCUCUCCUCCGCAUUUUCAGUUCGCAGAAGGGAAUACCAACACAUACUUCGAGUCGGUUGCAACGUUGGGCACUAACGCUUUUGUGUUAUGACUUCAAGUUGGAGUACAUCAAUACAACGAAGUUCGGGUAUGCAGAUGUUCUAUCACGGCUUAUUAGUUCGACAGCUAAACCGGAAGAAGAAUAUAUCAUUGCUUCGGCUAUGCUUGAGGAUGAUAUGUCAGCAGUGUUGGACGAUUCUAUCGGUUCAAUUCCAGUAACGUCGAAGAUGAUAGCUAAAGCAACUUGUAGCGAUAAGGUGCUGAAGCAGGCUGUGUUCUUUUCGGUCAGCGAGUUGUGGUACCAUCACUAUACAGGAAGCGAAUCGCAGAACGGCUACACUGGGGGUGUUGGCGCAGCGAAAUGA